CCUAACCAAGCAACACACGUACCCAUUACUCGAUGAUGAUGAUGAUGGCCAACGAAUUGCCUGAAGACUUGGUGACGCAGAUUCUGCUAUGGCUUCCGGUCGUCUCUCUCUUGCGUUUCAAGUGCGUCUGCAAAUCCUGGUACGCUCUCAUCACACACCAUAACUUCGUAAGAAAACACCUCCUACACAACAAGAACAGCAACACCCACAUUCUCCUUAAUACGUUCAACAAAACAAUGGACUAUUAUGUUAUAUCCACCAUUUCUUAUGAAGAACUCCAAAUAUCCCUUACACAUCCUCUACCUCGAACGUAUUUUGAGAACGGCGAGAAGUUUUGUAUUUGUGUGGUGGGUUCUUGCAAUGGUCUCGUUUGUCUCCAUGCUUACGAUACAUUGAAUGUUGUUAUAUGGAACCCUACAACUAAAGAAACAAAGGUUGUCCCCGAAUCAAACCUGCCCCUCUUCGCCCCCGCUGGCUAUUGCACCCAUAUUCAAGGUACGGGAUUUGGUUUUGAUGCCAAAACUAAUGACUACAAGAUAAUCAACUUUGUUAGUAUGUAUGAACCCACUUUCGGCUAUUUUUCACAAGACGUUCAGGACAUCAUAUACCAAAAAGAGGUAUACAGCUUAGGCACCGAUUCUUGGAGAAAAGUUGAUGGACCCCCAUGUUUUAUUUUUGAAGAUCAUCAUGGUCCGAUGACAUACACCACUGGGAUGGGUUCUUGGCUGGCAUAUGUUGAUCAUAUUCAUAUGCGGGACUUAUUUGUUUUGUCAUUUGACAUGAGCGAUGAGGUAUUCCUAAAAACACCACUUCCUGAUAAUGCUUUUGGGGAAGCGCUUUUCGUGUUGAAUGAAUCGAUUGCCAUGGUUGCUCAAAGGCCGGUUGAUGAAGAAUGGCAGUAUGAUAUAUGGUUGUUGCUUAAAGUUGGUGUUGAGGACUCCUGGACUAGGCUUUUUACUAUUGAACCGUCUGCAGGUGACAUGUGCCGACCAUUAGGAUUUUGGAAGAAUGACAUCAUGUUCUGGAAUAAAAAUGGUGGACAACUGGUCUUGUAUGACCCCUCUACCAAACAAAUGACUGAUCUCCAAAUUCAUGGAGACAGAGACUCGAUGCAAUUGGUUACCUACAUGGAGACCCUAGUUUCUGUCAAGGGAGGAAAUGAAUUUGAAGAGUAGGGCAAUUGUUGACAAUGCUUGAGGGCCCAUGUUUCUAUAUCUGUUCCAAUUGUGU